AUGGCAGAACUGAACAAGGAGUUGCUGGGUAGUUUGUAUGUCCAAGAGCAGUAUGAAGUCAAUGGAGCCGAGCCGGAGUCGGUAGGCACUUAAACCCUGACUAGCUAAUAUAGUUCAGUUAAUACUGAUCCUUAUUCGAAGUUGCUCCUUCAAUGAUUACUCGUUUUACUUCAGUUUAAACUGGUCAGUUUUACGAUUUAACUUGCAAGAGUAAUUAACGUAAAGUUGUUCGACGUUUCGAAUUAUUCAACAACAUUAUCAAGAUUAAAAAAAAGUUAAGUGAUGAAGUUGUUUCUGAAAAUGUUGAGAUUUUAAUUUAUUAGAUGGGAUUCGGGGGCGCUUGAUUUUUAUGUAAAUGUAAAUACGCUAAUAGAACAGCUUCCCGAGAAUCGCAUUUUUUGCGGUUUGAUACAUGGCUGCAGUAUACUGAGAACAAAGGUUUCGAGCAAAUAAAUUUUAUAAAAGGAUCAUUGAACACGGACCACGAGAUCGACGUUAUUUUAAACCCGCCAGAGUCGAAGUUAAGAAUUGAAGCGGAAAAUAUAUCAAUCGAAGUGCUCUUAAUUGGGAUCGUACCCAGGACGCCGCCGAGACUCGUCGAUCGACGGUUUCAUUCUUGGUCCGAUCACCCGGUGAAUACUUCUUCAGUUCCUUUAGACAUUUUUUCAGUGUAUGAAUUAAAUUUGAUGAAUUACUUGCACUGUGUAACUGCAAUUCUUUGCAGUUAUUUCUGUCCACCUCCUCCACAUUUCCCAACAACGUUGCAAUGCAACACAUUAACUGACAAUCUGAAUGAGUUUGACUCCAAAAUAUGGCUACUUUUCCAAAAAAGUCGGCAUGGUUCUUGUCAUAAUGAGACCUGCUUUAACCGAGAAAUUUUUCAGACGUUUCAAUGUUCGUAUUCAACAUGAGAAACUGAGGCGGUGAGUCGAACAAGACUCACUCAGGGCUCUGUUUAUUGCCAUCUCCUUUAACUGGCUCCAGUACUGUAUGAGCUGCUCAACUCCACAGCGUACUCAUGCAAAUAUUAAAAGCCAUCACGCUUGAAAAAACAUCACUGAUGCAUAAAGAUCUCAAGAGUUUCGAGUUAAAAGAAUGUUUUUACCCAGUUUAUCUAGAUCUACAUUUCCCAAACCAACCAAACUUCUUUACAUAGCCGGACUAUGUAGAGACUGAAGGGCAAAAAACAACUUAAAAAAAGACUGAAAGUGACAACAAACAUGAAGGGAUUUUCAGAUCUAAAGUGUGACGACGAUACAAUGAGGGCCAAUACCGGUUUCUAUAAGCUUAUUGUGUUGGACCUAAAGUUCCAAUGUUUUAUCAGUGUUAUACUACGCACAAGUAUAAAAUUCAAUUGACCACUGAUUGUUUGUUGUAUUGGGUUUGAACAUUAACUCAACAAUUCAAACAGGCAAUAUCAUAGAUAACUACUUCACCAUUGGGUCUCCCGGCUAAUUUAUUUAUACUGUAUUCAGUCACCCGGCAAUAAAUUUCAAAGGUCCUUUAAUCUCAUUUGAGGCGUACUCGCGUCUUCCGAUCAAGGUCCGUGUAAAAGCUCUGCCUCCAGCUGAGUCACUACUCCGCCGGCCGGUGACUGACUUGACUGACCAUUACUCUGCUGCCUGUUUCCUAAACUGAGACACUGAUUUAUUCAGUUAAAGGCUGAUUAGUUCUACUAACUUUACACAGUGCAAACAUGAGUAAGGCUUCAGGUGGAAAACGAGCAAAAGCGGGAAGCGCAGAGGAAAAAGAGAAUUUGGUAAAGUAUUCUCAGCUUGUAGUUUGUCGCCGCUAGCAAUGACGAACGAUUGGCAAAUUAUAAGCUCUUUUUGUUACGUAAUUAGUUAAAGCAUUUUCCAUUAGCUAAAGAUUUUCGCUAAAGCGUGCAUCAGACGCAGUUUUAACUUCUGAUUUUAAUAAUGUGACAAACGUCGUGUAAACGUUUGCCUUUACCAAUGUUCUAAAUAUAGAAAGACCUCUGCAAGUUAUUUCUUUCCUGCUGUAUCUCAUAAAACCAGUAAAACGGUAAAAUGGUUUGGUUUCCCCAUAACUUGUGAGCGAAGUUAAGAUCAAGUAUGAGAGUGACAGUGAACUGGGAACCUCAACAACAGUGACUCACUGGUAGUUAAUAAGACUUUUCAAAAUUCUUUUAAUUUUUUUAAAAUUGUAUUUAGGCAUAUUCCUUCUAAAACAUUUCUUAACCUUUUCGCGAUCUAAAGUAAAGCUUUUGCUUGAAAAAAGCCUUUAUACUGAUAUUUGUAUUAACAUACGGCUGAGGAAAUGAGCAAACCAAAAAUUUGUAAUACUCUAAUUAGGUACGGUAGUAUUUUAAUAUGGUGUGCAUACGGAAAGAGCAACUAUAUUAGGUCACGUGGUUGUGACGUAUAUACCGGCCGUUGGUGGCUGAUUGCCAUUAUUACGCAGGUCAAGUUCGCGAUAAAACAGACCUCACAGCAGAAAACUUUCCAGUUUUCACUUAAAUAAAUUCUACAAUUCUGAUACUGCGAACGGGUUUGUUAAGAGACUCAAGAUUGUAACGAAUACAUGAGUAUGCCGUAUGAAACGGCAAAAAGGAAGAUAUAGCGUGAUCAUGGAGUCUCUAAUUUUUAACAGUAUACUAUAUACACUAUUUUGCCGUAUUGGCUAUCACACGUGAAUGGAUGAGUGCGAUGUAUUUUUUACUGACCAAGAAUCUACUUAAGUCACCAGUAUCGUUGUUUCAUCUUUUAAACAUUAAAUUUAAUGUCAGCGGCUUUAUCUUGUCAGAGUGAUGUUCUAGCCAGUCAGUCGGGUCCGUGUUAAGAUCAGAGACCUUUUGAAUACUGUCCAAUUACCGUUUACCAUCUUUGUUCUACCUUGCCACUGGAAUUUUGAAGACGUUAUGUGGCCAAUGUUGUUCUUGGCUUAGUCUACUGACAUGUAUUCAGUUUGAUGUAUUGCAUUAUAUACCAUUGUAAGCACUUUAUCAUAGACAUCAUGGAGCCCGUUCAAUCUUAAAAAAGGAAUUAGCUGGUGAACAAGAUUUUAUUCCUGGCUUCUUUGUUUUACGGCUGUAUGUCGAAACCUAAGUUACACACAUCUCAAACUACCUGCCAAAGUGCUCUAUCACUGAAAGAGUUAAAAAUAACAUAAAUACCAGAAAAGCUAUAUUUUUCACUGCUUUAUCAGCAGAUAUGAAAGUAAAGUUUAGGUUACAAAAUGUAUCAAAAAAGAACGAAGGCAAGAAAGAAAGAAAGAAAGAAAGAAAGAAAGAAAAUUGGUGACUGUUUCUUCCGAGUCACUUUGGGAACAAAAGGAUAUAUGAUUGUAAGGUUUUCCUGGGAAGCGGGAAAGGACUCAUUGACAUUUUUCAUUGACACUUGUGCUUCUGGUGUCUCAGCUUCAUGCUUCUGGUCUCAGCUUUAAUUUUGCCAGAAGAACGUUACAAAACAAAUACCGUAAAAAUUCCGAAAAAAAGCCCCUCCUUGUAAUCGCCCCUUGGAAUAUAAGAAUAUAAGCGCCCCGGGGGCUUGUGCUUGGAAUUUGCCCUCCAAUACAAAGUAAAACAAAGCAAAAAUGGUAAAUUUCCCUCCCACUAUAAGCUAGCCGGCAAUCGAUUUUGAAACGCAAAUUUCCCUCCGUACAUAAGCCUCUCCGAUUAUAAGCCCCUCCAAAAAUAAGCCCCUCAAAAAGGGCCUUUGAAAAAUAUAAGCCCCGGGGCUUAUUUUCGCAAUUUUACGGUAACUAUCUCUAAAAAUCUCUAAACCGUUUCCGAUUGACCAAAUAUAAAACAAAUUAAGAAACUCCACUGACCCGCUUACGUAACCCGGUGGGACCCACAAGAAUGAGUUGAUCACGUGGCAUUCGAUUGGCAGUCAUUAACACUACACGUGGGUUUCCACAGGGGUUGUGUAGUUGUACUCCAAUAUGGCGACCACGGAGCUUGAAAUGGACGAAGACGUAUGAUGCUUUUGUAUGAUUACUUCUUCGGUAUGUUUAUCAAAACUAACGGAAAGAUUUAUUUCUUUUUCUAGUUUGGUAGAAGUCAAAGCUACCGCGUCGCAACAACACCUCUUAUGGGAGAUGGUUCGAAAGAGAAAGAUGGCGGAAAACCGGCAAAGAAGCCUUCUAAGUCGAAAGCCAAAAAGAAGGAUAAGAAGGAAGACUUGGACGAUCUCAAAAAGGAGUUAGAAAUUGUAAGGAAACAUAUUCAAUGCAACGAUAUGGUUAUCUUUAGUUGUCAUGCUGAAAUCGUUCUUAUAUUUUGUAGGAUUGGCACACAAUUACUCUCGAAGAUUUGUGUAGCCGCUUGGAAACAAACACACAAACGGUUAGUUCAAAUCUUGUAUAUACUCUUUAUAUAUUUCAGUUAGGUUCAAUCUUUUAUACAGUACGCGGAAGGAAAAGCCGUUACUUUGUUCAAGUCGAUCUGAUUACACAGUGUUUGUAAAGCUAGCAAAUCUACUACUAGUUGCCGGUUACGGAGUGAGCUUAAUUAAAAUGUACAUAUGCUUAAUAGCCUCGGAAUAUUGGCUUCUCUCAAACACCUUUAAUAUUUCCUACCUCAUAAGUUGUCGCGCUUGAUGAUUUUGUUGAAGAAGGAUUUUAUACUACGCCCCUGUAGUACAAUAACUAACCACAGACGAUUUUUGUAGGAAGCUCUCGUUUUGCUGACUCUGUUUCUAAUAAUUAUUUUGUGAUGUUAUGCUUAAGUCCAGCUCUAAAAGUGGCGAGCUCUUUUGUCAAAAUGCAAAUAUCAAACAUUUCUUUUGCAUAUUUCUAUAAGUUUUCGUAAAGGCAACUUGACUUUAUUCCAUUGUUGUUAAACCGUAUGUCGUUGCACAGGCCUUCCUAAAAUGGGCCCAGACGGAAAUCGACAACAAUGUUUAUUUCGGACCUUCCCUCCUACUUGCACGAGCUGGCUCGACAAAAGAUAUGUUAACUUUGUUUUACGGCGACGUGUUUGUUAUUAAAACCAUACAUUAUUUCUGCCAUAUGAUCUGAUUUUAUAAUGCCAUGCAAACCAGCUGGGGUCUUGGAAGUCAAGUUACUGUCGAUUUCGGGCAUAAAAGCCUUGAUGCUUUUUAUAUUAAAGGCCAGUUAAUAAUUUGCUAUGAAAUUGCUAGAAUUACUAAAACUCUCUUUUGGCAGUUCUAAAUGCAAAUUAUAUCGUUUAAACUUACAGUUUUUGUCUGUUGUAUUAUUUUACAGUGUAGGCUUUUGUUGCAUAAAGAGGCAUUUUUGCAAAAAUCUUAGAAAUGAAUAUUGAUUUUAUAAUGUGAUCAUGACAAACCAGCUGCAACAGACAUAAUGGGAUGGUCACUCAAUCAUAACCAAAACAUUUCAUAACUGAAAUCAAAAUUUACCAUCUUUGCUUUAGAAACUUUUCUAUAAUUCUUUAUUUGGAUGUUAUCAAAGUUUUAAGACUUGCCCCUUUUUCACUGACAUAUUGUCAAGUGCUGCACAUAUACAUGUAGCUAGGUAUUGCUUCUCUUUUUCAGUUUUUGGGCUGCCUGUGGCAAGCCCAAUCAUAUACCGUAAAAUUCCCAAAAUAAGCCCCUCCAUGUAUAAGCCCCUCCAAAUAUAAGCUCCCCCGGGGGCUUGUACUUGGAAAAUUACCCUCAAAUACAAAGUGAAACAAAGCAAAAACAGAUUUACUUCCAAUUGAAAAAGUAUGAUUUUGAAAACAUUGUAGAACUCAGAAACAGCCUUUGAAAAAUAUAAGCCCCGGGGCUUAUUUUCGGAAUUUUACGGUAUUCAACUCUUUGAAAAAGUAUGUUAAACAUUGUAGAACUGUAAUUUUAGAGUGGUUCAAUGGUCAUGUGAUCAGCCACAUUUUGUGUAAUGCAACUUUCCUGCUAAGUUUUCUUUGCUUACAUUUUCCUAGUUUGAAAUGGAGCAAUAAUUACCUGUAAAAUAAAAAUAGUAUCAAAAUAUAUUGGUUUUAUGGCAUUGAUGUUUGUAUUUUGGCUACACCAAGAUUACUUUUCUGAUAAUUUUGUUGCUCAGAUCACCAGCCUAAUUAAAUCACUGUACAGUGUCCUAUGUGCUGAAACCAUUUUGGUCACCAUGGAAAGAAGAAAAAAAAUUUAGAGGAUCAUUUUGAAAGUUAUAAAUCUGAGUCUUUUUUUCCCUGCAGGGUCUAUCGAAGGAAAAAGCUGCUGAAAUUUUAGAACGUGAUGGCCCCAAUGCCUUGUCCCCCCCUCCUACUACUCCUGAAUGGGUGAAGUUUGCUAAGCAGUUGUUUGGUGGUUUUGCCCUUCUUCUGUGGUUUGGAUCUAUUCUUUGCUUUAUUGCAUAUGGCAUCCUGGUAGCUACAGAGGAAGAACCAUCAAAAGAUAAUGUAAGUUGUUAUGCAUGAAUUAUAAUCACUAAUUAUAAUAGUGGCAGUCACCUCUUGUAACCCUGUUAUCAGAUUCAUUUGACAAUUUUUCUGUUGUUGUUUUAGUUGUACCUUGGAGUUGUGCUUGCAUUGGUGGUUAUCGUGACUGGAAUCUUCUCAUAUUAUCAGGUAUAGAGAUUUUAUUGGCACAGUAUCCACAUGUUCCUGAAGAGUCAUUGAUUGUUUGUAGUUAUCAUGAUUGAUUUGAACCUGCUGCUGGUGCAUCGUGGUAUAGUCUAUAUUUUUUCUUUAUCACUGAAUAUCGUGAUUUACCCCAUUUGAUGCAAAAUUGGAAAAGACACCUCCCUUCUCUGUAGCAAAUUAAUCAAGACAAAGACUUCUGAUAUGUUUUUUAAAGUGAAGGACUGUCUUAGCUGUAUUGGCCAUGCCAGUUCAACAGCUAAGACAGUCCUUCCUCUGAACAGUAUUUUGUUUUUUACUCAGAUCCUAUAGUAUAACAAAAUAAUAUUUGAUUGUCUUUCUUGUCAAAAGCUAAUGAAGUUAGUAAAAAGGCAUUCACUUCUGAAUAUUUAUCUUCUGAGCUGCCUGUACUUUGUCACUGACUUAAAAUCAUCUUUCUUCAUUCUUUCUGCCGUGAUAAUCAUCUUAGGAAGCUAAGAGUUCUCGAAUCAUGGAAAGCUUUAAAAAUUUGGUUCCACAAGAAGCACAUGUGAUGCGAGGUGGUGAAAGGUACACAAUCAAUGCAGAACAGGUUGUAGUUGGUGACAUCAUCUUUGUUAAAGGAGGAGACCGCAUUCCUGCUGAUAUCAGGGUUAUUGAGGCCAGAGGCUUCAAGGUAAAAUCUGGCAGUAGAUCAUCAAUUUAGAAUCAGUCAUGAAAAGUCAAGGAAAAAUAGUCAUUUAUACAUAACUAUUUCCUAACCCAUAAGUGAAAAACACUACUAUUGUUGUAUUUUAGCUUUUUUUAAAUGUUUUUUUAAAGAUUGUUGUAUUUUUAACUUUAAUGUAUUUUUAAUUAUUGCAAUUUAGGCUACUUUUAUAUAUUUAAGAAUUUGUUCGUCCUUAGAAUUCGUAUUUUGAGUUAUGGAUGCUUGUGGGAAGUUUGGAGAGCAUGAAAGAUUCGUAAGAGUUCGCUGAGUGCAACUCUAGCUUCUUGAGUACUCUCCAAACUUCCCAAGUGCAUCCAUAACUUGAUAUAUGCACAGCUAAAAGCAUGAGCAAAUUCUUUUAUAAUGUAGCUGACAAAAAUGCUUGCUUUUUGAUUAACUACAAAAUUCUUGCAACGCACGACACAAUAACAAACACUUCUAUUGGCUGAUUACAAACAUGCCACCAUGGUCUAGUUUGAAUGAAAAUUCUUUCUGUAAAACUGAGAAAGAAAAUUUGCUUAUUUAUUCAUUAACGAUCAAUGAAAACUAUAAAGAAACAAAGGUAAAAGCUAAGAGUCUUAAAGUCCACCUAAAGUUAAAAUACUCACAUGUUCGUAAGAAGUCGUGGAGUAUGGUUUGGAAUUGCUUGUUGUUUUUGUGCGAAAUAAAUUUAUGUCUUCUUGUGUAAUUUGUCUUGUUAUUGCAGGAGAAAUUUUCCUGCUUCAGUAGGAUUGUCUGGUGAUAACAAAAGUGCAUAAUUUUUUGCUGUUAAGCUUACUUUAUAAUUAACUUGUUUUGUAGGAUAUAAAACAAACGUUAAAAAUGGAGGACACUUUAGACAAAUUGGAUAUUUUCCGACACAGACCAAUUUGUAGUCUUUUUCCACUUAAAUGUCAGUCGUUAUGGCAGACUUUUCAACGAAUCAUUCAGAUCAGACUCUAUUAUUUUGUGAAACAUCUUCACCACUUUUGCUGUUGGUUUGAGUGGCUAGAACAAAGCUAAAUUCCAAAAAAAGUUUAGAAAGUUUUUUAUCAUGGCCGUCAAUUUUUGGGUACUUAGAAAAAGAGACGAAAAAUACAGCUGAACACAUCAUCAUGAACAAAAUUUUUAUUGAUGCACGCCUGUGCGUAAAUAAAGAUUUUGUUCAUAGCGGCUCAAUAGAACUUAUAUAGGGCAAGCAUGCGCGCUAUGUUAUAAAUUUUUUUCCAGGGCCCUCAUUGAUAUCAGCAUUUUAUGCUGAAGAGGUAACCCUGGCUAAAUAACAUUUCUUCUUAUUAUAACUUCCAAAAUUGCUAAACUGUUACCCUUACAGGAAAAUCAUGUUCUUCUUUGAAAUUUUGAAUACGCCACAUGACCAUUUUGAGUUUCCCAUUUUGUCAUUUGGCUCUCUUUUAAUUUUAGAAUGGCAAAAAAUCACUUCAAAGAUGUGAGGUCACUGAUUUUUAGGGCAGGCUGAGAUGUUUCAACAGAAUUCUAUCCUCUGGCAGUUUUAGAGCAUUUGAACAGCAAACCAUGCUUAUUGUCUUUGUAGAAGGGUUGGAGAGCCACUUGACAAAUCAGAGUGUUUGGAAUGGUCACAUGAACUGUAUAAAAAUUCAAAUGCAAACUAUUUAUUAUCAGGAUGCACACACUUUAUUAUUUUUGGCAGUGGAAAGACAUUCUUUAUCAUCAUUUUAUUUUCAAAUACGACAAUAAGAGUUAGUCUUGAGUUUGUUUCUCUGUGUAGGUUGACAAUUCCUCACUGACUGGUGAAUCUGAACCCCAGAGCAGAGGCCCAGACUGCACCCAUGAAAACCCUUUGGAAACCAGAAAUCUAGCUUUCUUCUCUACAAAUGGAUUAGAAGGAAACUGUGUGGGUGUUGCUGUACAAACUGGUGACAACACUGUGAUGGGUCGUAUAGCUAACCUGGCAAGCGGUCUAGGCAGUGACAAAACUCCUAUUGCUAUUGAGGUUGAGCAUUUCAUCCAUAUCAUUACUGCUGUUGCAGUGUUCCUUGGUGUUUCCUUCUUCAUUAUUGCUCAGAUUCAGAAAUACAAAUUGAUUGAGUCUGUUGUCUUUUUAAUUGGAAUCAUUGUGGCUAAUGUACCUGAGGGACUUCUUGCAACUGUUACGGUAAGUUGAAACAUUACAUACUCUUUAAAGUUACAUAUUCUUAUGCAAGUUACAGGUAAAAAGACUGCUGAACUGUCCUUACAUUAGUUUCCUCUAUACAAAAUGAUAUUGCUAUUGUAUAUAAAGAGAAAAAAACGAUCUUAUUUUUUGGAAGUGUAACUAAGGUCAUAUGAACUUUAUAAAAUGACCAUUGUUUAAACCACCAGUGGCCUGUAUUUGAACUGACUAUGCAUGAAGGGAUUAAAUGGCUGUACAUGUAAUCAAUGCUGCUUUUUUUUCCAUGUGAAAUGAAGGUAUGUUUGACACUCACUGCAAAAAGGAUGGCAUCCAAAAAUUGCUUGGUGAAGAAUCUUGAGGCUGUUGAAACACUUGGAAGUACAUCAACAAUCUGCUCAGAUAAGACUGGAACUUUGACACAAAACAGAAUGACAGUCGGUAUGUAAAGUUCUCAAUUUGGAGAGAGUGACUAGUGAAGGUGCAAUGCAUUUUUUUUAUUCUUAAGGCUAUGAUUGUAGUUAUUAUUCACGUGAUUUUAAAUAGAUUCUGAUCAGAAUAUAGACUUGCAGACAUGAUGUUUCUGUUGAACUACAUUGCAGUGUAGAGUUUUCUUAGUUUGUAAAUACUCUAGGGCUACAUUUAUGUCAGUUUAUGACUGUGUAAAGUUCAGGCAUUUUGCACACAUCCUAAAAUAGACCUUUUUACCAAUAUGGUGGCCAUAUUGAAUUAAUUAGAUUUAAGGAGUAUUAUAGGAUUCCCAGGGAGCACGAGCACAAAUAUCUGACAUAUUCGCUCCGUAUUUACGUGUGCUUUUUGGGCCAAUUUUUCUUUUUAAGUUUUCCUAGAGAAAGAUGGGAAAAAAAGAUCGUUGUGUCGUGUUUGGAUGUAAUAAUUAUGAUCGCCUUUUUACCGAGAAAUAUACAGUGAAGUUCUCUUUUUGCCCAAAACCGCGCAUAAAUACUGAGUGAGUGCCCCUUGGGGAUACAAUAAUACUCCUUAAAUUUUUAUCUAUGGCCGCCGUAUUGGUAAAAAGGUCUGUUGACAAGUUUGUUGUUAGGGACUUGUCAGAAAUUAGCGGGGGGAGUGGGGUGGGAAUUUUAAAUUUGGGUUCGGAAAUGAGGUGACCCAUCCCUGCAAUGGGAGUGAAAUUUGCUAACCCUUCCCUUGACCCUGGCCUAAAAUAUCCUGACCCUUCCUCUCAUGUAUAAAUGAUAAAAUCUAGUUCUUGCAAUACACUAGGGUCAGUCAGUAUUAUAAAAGCUCAAAAUAUAUUUCUAAUCUGUUUUUUGUAAUGCCAAUACAUACAUUUUAGAUGACAGCAUUAAGAGUCAGACUCUGAUUCUGACAGCUGAUCACGCGACUCUCCUAUUUCUCCCAGUUUUUUUUUUUUAAUAAGUAGUUUCUUGGAAAUCGAUUUUGCGAUAAAUAUUAGCGAUAAAAAAUCACGACGUUUCGACCUCUCCGAGGUCAUUUUCAAGUGUAUAAAAGUUCUCUAAAUUAGCAUAGAUAAGUUAAAAGCAAGUUAUAAUAGAUAAAAAUGUAGUGAACGCUAAAAUGUGAUAAAAUAUGUAAAAAUGUAAAAAGUGCUAAAAAAAUAUUUAUAAAGUCAAAAAACAAUGGAAAUAAAACAAUGUUAACAAGAACUACUCUAAACAAAUAAUUUGGCGAAUUGAAUCGCACUGUUUGUUAAGUGUCGGUUUCAGUUCUUGGAUAAAAACAUUUCAAAAAUAAGGCAGUCAAAUUUGUUCUGACACUUCCUUAAGAUUCUAAAACUUUGUGCGAUGUCUUCAGGCUCCAUAUCAUGCUGCUCUCUGAGGUGGUUUCCGAUUGCCGAUCCUUUGUGUUCUUCAAUUCGUUGGUGUAGGUGUCGGCACGUGUAGCCGACAUAACCUGCAUCACACAGGCUACACUGGAAAGAAUACACCACGCAUUGUUGACUCACAAGAGGCGGCUUGUCUUCCUUGACCUUAAUUUCAUCUUUGAUCUUCCUACUCAGAGAGCAGCAUGAUAUGGAGCCUGAAGACAUCGCACAAAGUUUUAGAAUCUUAAGGAAGUGUCAGAACAAAUUUGACUGCCUUAUUUUUGAAAUGUUUUUUAUCCAAGAACUGAAACCGACACUUAACAAACAGUGCGAUUCAAUUCGCGCCAAAUUAUUUGUUUAGAGUAGUUCUUGUUAACAUUGUUUUAUUUCCAUUGUUUUUUGACUUUAUAAAUAUUUUUUUAGCACUUUUUACAUUUUUACAUAUUUUAUCACAUUUUAGCGUUCACUACAUUUUUAUCUAUUAUAACUUGCUUUUAACUUAUCUAUGCUAAUUUAGAGAACUUUUAUACACUUGAAAAUGACCUCGGAGAGGUCGAAACGUCGUGAUUUUUUAUCGCUAAUAUUUAUCGCAAAAUUUUUUUUUUUUUUUAAUAAAGAACUUCUUUUUUCUUCUGUGGGUGAACCUCUACAUGAUCACGGACAAAUAUUUUCAUGACCCUCCCCCUUUUAACAGCCCAUUUUUCAUGACCCCCUCCCUUUUCUGCAGUCGCAAAAAGUUGUGACCCUCCCUCUGUUUCCACCCCCCCCCUUCCCCCCUGCUAAUUUCUGACAAGUUCCUUAAUGGAAAGCUAGAUGUACUAGAUCAGAGCUGUUACUAGUACGUGAAAAGGUCAUGCACCAUUACUAAAGUGAACACAAAUUUUGCAGCUCAUAUGUGGUUUGACAACACAACAAUUGAAGCUGAUACCACUGAGGACCAGUCAGGAGUUUCCUUUAAUAAGGUAGGGAUAACUGUGCUCUGCUCUCUUUAUACAUCUCUUAUUGUCAAAACAUGCACUUGACAAAGCCAAAAGAACCACCUUGAUUAGGGGUGGUAGCUGGAAUAUAAAAAUGGACCUGGUGGCCACAAUGUUGCCCAUCAGGACUAACUAAGGGUCAUAAAGUUUCUAUUGUUCUCUUGUAGACAUCUACUACAUGGAAAGCACUGGCUCGUAUUGCAGGACUGUGUAAUAGAGCAGUGUUUAAGGCUGAUCAAGAUCACAUUCCUAUUUUAAAAAGGUAAGGUCUGAACUUAAAAAUGAUUAAUUAGCAAGUAGAAAAUUUGAUUUACACAUAAACAUGUGUAUUUCUUUAUAGGCUCUUGUUAACUGAAAACUGUUUGUUUUCAAAAGAAUAUAUUAUGUUCAUAAGGAGUUUAAAGUGAUAUUAGUGAGAUAAAACCUUAUGACUGUUAAACAGGUUUGGAUUAAUAGGGGUAGGGACAGGAUAAACAGUUUUUUGAGGCUGACUUAAUUCGUUUUUUUGCAGAGAUUGUUCUGGAGAUGCUUCUGAGUCAGCCUUAAUGAAGUAUGUGGAGCUGUCAGAGGGAAGUGUGAAAGAUAUGAGGGACAAAAACAAAAAGAUUGCAGAGAUCCCUUUCAAUUCCACAAAUAAGUACCAAGUAUCAGUUCAUGAAAAUGCUGAUCCUGAUGAUAAUCGCUAUAUUCUUGUGAUGAAGGGCGCCCCAGAGAGAAUAUUGGACCGAUGCUCAACAAUCCUGCUGAAUGGUGAAGAACAGGAACUUGAUGAAAAGAUGAAGGAAGCUUUCAAUACUGCUUACCUUGAACUGGGAGGCAUGGGAGAGCGUGUGCUUGGUUUCUGUCAUUUUUUCCUGCCUGAGGAUCAGUUCCCACAGGGUUUUGAGUUUGUUACUGAUGAGGUACAUAUAUUGUUUGCAAAUACAAAAUUUUGUAGUUGUAUGAUAUGCUGCAUUUUGUCAGCUUAAACCAGCAUUCAAACUAUUGUGAUACAAAUUUCCCUUGGUUUACUUGAGAAUGGAUUUUACCUACAACAUAUACAUCAAUUAUAGAGCUAGUAUACAUGAAUGGAACGAUAGGAAAACUUAAGACAAUGCAUUUUUAGACAUAGUCAUGUUGUAAGUGACAUUUUUCAAGUACAGGUUAACCAAAGUCCUCCUUAGUGAUUUUUUUACAUUAUGUAUAUAUCCUGUUAUACAGUCCAGUUUUCACGACUCAAACAUUUUUUUUCAUAGCCUCCUAAUUUCCCCCUCGAAAACUUGUGCUUUGUUGGUCUAAUGUCCAUGAUUGAUCCUCCUCGUGCCGCUGUUCCUGAUGCUGUCAGCAAAUGCCGCAGUGCUGGAAUCAAAGUUAUCAUGGUCACUGGUGAUCACCCAAUCACAGCUAAGGCCAUUGCAAAAGGAGUUGGAAUCAUUUCUGAGGGUAAAAUGCUAGGAGUAAUUGUGUUCACAUGUUCAUUAAAGAGCUGGAGAUCACAGAAAAAAAUUUAGAUUCGUAUAAUUAAAAAAAAACAAGACAUACUAUUUUAAUGCUGUGCGAUCAGUUUGCUCUUAGAACUUUGCAACCCAUCCAGGGGACUAGAGAAUCUUAAUUAAAACUGAGAGUCUGCCAGCAUACCUAAUCGAUAACUAGUAACAACAUACGUACAUGUAUGUUCUUGGAAAUAUGAUUCUUCCUUACAUUUUUAUUGCUGCAUUUGUAGGCAUAUGGGGAUAAUCGAAUGAACAUUUCCCAUAAUCAAUUAUCCAGUCACUUAAAGAUUUUGAUCAAUUCAAACAGAACACUGCUACUUAAACUCAUUUUUGAUUUAAUGGAAAAUUCUUGCCACAGUUUUCUAUGUGUUACUGCUAGCAUUUCUUGGGAUGGUGGCAGCUAGUGCUAGGAGUACACUCUUGUCCUCUCAAGUCUGUUAGUGAUGAUUUAUCAUGGAUUUUCUCAGCUGAAGUAAAGUGAUGAGAACACCAUGCUGCCUUCCUUCUGACAACAGACAAACACUGCUAAUUUAUUGAAUGUUUUUUUUUUUAUAUAGAAUAAAGAAAAUGGUACUUUUUACUAAACAGUUUUCUAAUGUGAAGUACAUGGUUAACAUGCAUUAUGGAACUCUUUUAGGAACAGAGACAGUGGAGGACAUUGCUGUCCGCCUUAACAUCCCAGUAAAUGAAGUUGAUCCAAGACAAGCUAAAGCCAUUGUUGUUCAUGGUUCACAAUUGAAGGUUAGUUUUAGCAUCCCAUUGUAACUACACACUCUACUUACCAUACAGAGAAACAAAGUUUCAAAUUAUACCUGUACAUAUGUAUAAUGCUAUACUUUUAGUAACAGACUGCAUAUAUGUAAUUUUUAUUUAGAAAACGUAUGUUUCUAGAUGACUUGUAUUUGUGUAACAACCCUACUACUAAUAUCUACCAAUCAAAUAAGGAAAUAUUUAUGGUUGUUUUCUAAAGGCUAUUUUGUUGUUUGCCUUUUAAAGGUUAUUUUUAGUGUGAUGAGUAUUCUAUUGUAACUUGACUAGGCUGGAAGCCAUAUUUUGCAUUUUAACUUUAAACAACUACAUUUUAGCUCCGGGUUCGUGCAGGGUCCUGGAAAAUCUGGAAAGUCAUCGAAAUUUAAAUGUCAAAAUCCAGGCCUGGAAAACCUUGAAAAUAUGUGUUGGUCCUUGAAAUUCAUGGGAAAUCAGACUUUUAUGUGGACAGCGAAAAACUGUACUUCUUACGCAUGUGGGGUGCAAAGACUGGAUAUUACGAGAUUCAUACUCUCAGUGCAAAGCACGUUGUUGCCUUUGCCAAAAAUCAUUCGACUGCAUGCUCAAACAUGGGGGAAUCCACUCUCAAAAGUCAUAUGAGAGGAAAUAAGAUGUGGUAACCAAUUUAGAUUUAGAUAAUUAGCAGCAUUAAUAGCUUGAGCAGUCGUCUUCAAACACAGCAUCUUUAUCUAGCUCUGACAACCCAAAUCCUUUGAUGUCUUGUGGCUUAGUUUCAAGCCCUUUAGUACAUGAUGCAAGUGCUGAAACAGCAAGCUCAUGUGCUUCUCGUAAAGAAACGUUGGUAACAUGUUAUAUAGCCAAAGAGGAAACACUUAACUCUUGCAGAAACAUUGCAGAAAGGCUACAUAGUUUGUUGGUUUGUUGCAAUUGUUUAUGUUUUCCUGGCUAUUCCUGGUCCUGGAUUAUAUAUGGUCCUGGAAAGUCCUGGAAUUUUGAUCGAACAGUAGUGUACAAACCCUCUUAGAUCUACAAUGAAGACUUUUUUUUCUUUGUCUGUAGGAAAUGGAUCAAAGUGACAUUGAUGAUAUUCUGCAGCAUCAUACAGAGAUUGUUUUUGCCAGAACCUCUCCACAACAAAAACUGAUCAUCGUAGAGGGCUGUCAACGGCAGGGUUCAAUUGUUGCUGUUACAGGAGAUGGAGUUAAUGACUCACCAGCUUUGAAAAGAGCAGACAUUGGUGUGUAAAUCAAUACUGGCCUUAAUACUGAUAGAUAAUUGUACCACUUAAUGUAUAAUAAUAUUAUUACAAUAGUGUAUUUAGUAUGUAAUGCCGGUAGUGGAUUAUUACACAGUAUAUCAUUCACAGACUAAACAUUGGGUGGAACAUUUUAACAAUCUAAGGGGAUAGAAGAAUUUAUAUUUAUCAGCUAUUUAAUUAUGUGGGUUGAUUACAGGUGUUGCUAUGGGUAUUGCUGGUUCAGAUGUGUCUAAACAGGCUGCAGACAUGAUUCUACUGGAUGAUAACUUUGCUUCUAUUGUUACUGGAGUUGAAGAAGGUACAAAUUUUAUUUCAAGACUGGGUUAUAUAACUUUGGUAAGACAUGGUAUGUUCUCACCAAGAUGUUUCUCUUGUGAUCAGGAUAGUUAAAUCCCUGAUUGUAGUAUCCUAGUUUGUUCAGUACAUCACACUCUUACAAAUGUGUUAGGUUAUUAGUCUGUUUAUGAUGAUUUAUCAUGGAUUUUCUCAGCUGAAGUAAAGUGAUGAGAAAACCAUGCUGCCUUCCUUCUGAAGACAGACAUCUACUGUCAGUUUGAGGAAUUAUUGCUUUUUUCACCUGCUCUUUCAAGCUAAAACGAGAGAAGCAGUACUGAAGUCAAAUUCUUCUCACUUGUUCUCUUACUACUAGAUGUAAAACAAACUAUAUAAUGAGAAGUAUCCUUAUAAUCCUGUUGUAAAGUUGUUAUGAAUAAUGGAGAAAUUUGAGUAGAAUUCAGUGAACAUGCUGUUUGAGUUGACAAGAUUAUAUAUUUUCUCUUCAGGUCGUCUGAUCUUUGAUAACUUGAAAAAGUCUAUUGCAUACACACUGACUAGUAAUAUCCCAGAGAUCAGCCCGUUCCUCAUGUUUAUCAUCUUGUCCAUUCCUCUUCCUCUUGGUACUGUCACCAUUCUCUGUAUUGACUUGGGUACUGACAUGGUAUGUACAAUAUUGACUUACAUUAUUUUUUAAUAUACAUGUAGAACCUGCAUUUUUAUAUUGUUGUGGUGACCCAGUGUUAUUUGUCCUUAGACAAGAAACUAUUUCUUUGGAUUGACGGACCUGUGGGCACGUACAUGCGAUGGAAAGUUAGCGAGAUCAGCCGUGACAAUAAACCUUGGACAAAUUCUCACCACAGCCACCAAAAACCUGGCCAUGUUCUACUCUUUUUUCAAGCAUUUUUUCAAACAUUGGGCUGAUUGUUGGACAGUAAAGUUAUGCUUUUGAAGUAAAUGGCCAGUUUAAGCCAGAUUCACCUUACCUGGGCCUAGCCUUAGAUCAUGUCCCCUCACCCAUCAUUAUUCACUCACAUCUUCUAGCUAAUUUAUAAAAAGUACACCAGCUGGCCUGUCUUGGUGCACCAGCUUAAGUUGACAGUUGAGAGCCAUUUAACCAGUUGACUACAACUGUUCUUUUCCUUCAAGGUUCCUGCAAUUUCACUUGCCUAUGAAAAAGCUGAAUCUGACAUCAUGAAGCGACAGCCACGUGAUCCUGUCAAUGACAAACUUGUAAAUGAAAGGUGAGCUCCUUGAUAAUUAUGUUUAUGCAAAAUUUACCAAUUCUAAAUCAGUUACCAAAUCUUGUAUCACUGUAAACAGACGCAUGGGUUGGUAUGUUACAAACAGCUGUAAUAUGCUGUGACACAGAUUGAAGUUAAGUUUUUUUUUAUUGAUAUUUACAUGAAGCCCUGCCAGGGUAAAUUCUGACAAGCAACAUGGCCCCAAAAGCAGUGACAGCGCAUAAAAUGAAAUCGGGACAAGAGACAACCUCCCUCGGCCAAACUGCGACAGUGACGGCAAAGCCGACAAUAAGCGACAAGCAUUUAUAAACACUGACAUCGACACCGACACUUCCCUGCAGGGCCUCUUACAUUUGCCAUUAAACUUCAAUUAUUGAACCUUGCUAAACUAAGCCACCAGCUCCUCACCUGUGCUGGUUAGUGCACAAGACACCAGUCAUCAAACUCUUUUGAGGCCUCUGACAAGCACACAGUUAAACACCAGCCAUUGGCCUCAUAGCAGUCAUAAGAUGUUUUGUGUUGAUGCUCAGGAACAUCAGCCAAUCAUUUGUAGUAAUUUUGACUCCUCGUAAAUUCCAAUGCAAUCUACAAAACAUCAAUUUUACUAUGAGCUUGUUAUUCACCCUGUUACAUGUACAUUUGUACUAACUUCCUUUUAUGGCCUAUCUUACCAUACUGCCUUCCUUUUUAGACAGAUUAAUAUGAUUUGAUAAUGAAUGUUUCAUUAAUUCCCAGGCUGAUUGCAAUGGCUUAUGGUCAGAUCGGAAUGAUUCAGGUAAAACUGCUGUCUUAUCAUUGUUUAACAGGCUAAGUUUAGGGAAACACUAUCUUAUUAGUGUAUAAAUUGUGUAAAUUUAUUUUAUCUUACAGGCCACGGCGGGUUUCUUUACUUACUUUGUUAUCAUGGCAGAAAAUGGCUUCCUACCUAAAAAACUCUUUGGCCUGAGAAAACCGUGGGAUGACAGAUCACAGAACAGUUUAACAGAUUCCUAUGGACAGGAAUGGGUAAAGUACCGACGCAAAUGAACUGAUAUGCUGUCUUGUUUCUUUGUCAACAAUUCAUUUUGUCAUGGCAAAGAUCUAAAUUUUACAUUUAACCUACAUUGAACAAUAUAUUUUGUUCUUACCGAACUUGAGCUUUAUACAUGCAACAAGUCUUAAAUAACACCCCAGUGAAUGGUGACGAUCCCCAGCCUAUCCAGCUGUGUUUGAAGCUACCUUAAUUUUCCAACUUUUUGGGUUUUCACAAGCACCAUCAUGUUUUUUUUUCUGGAUAAAUUCGGUUUGCUGUAUACUUUUAAAAAUGAUGUGUACAGUUGAUAACUCGAACCUUCCAGGGAAAUCAAAAAAGUUCGAGUUAUCGGGAGUUCAAAGCUGAAAUAACUGGAAAUAAGGAAGUAAGCAAAUGGAUGGGGAAGGGCGGCAAGAGAUAUAGAUUGAUCUUUUGAAAAAGGAAUUAUGCAGCAAAGCCUGAUUAAUGUACAGGGAUGGACACUGAAUUUAAACGGGAGUGAUGACCAAAAAGUAAAGACAACGAAUUGACUCUAUUGUUGUGAAAUAAAUUCAAUGUUUCAGACUUCAGUACACUGUUAUUUUUCUCGACUUGUCAGGCGCUUAAAGCAGAGUUGAAGUUAUCAAGGGUAAAAUUGCAUAGAAAUGAUCUGAGGGGAAACAAAAAUUACCUUGAGUUAGCGGGAGGUUCGAGUUAUCGAAGGCUGUAGUUACUGAGGGUAAAAUUACGUAUGUAUGAGGGAAAUCCAGGGACAAUUGUCUUUGGUUCGAGUUAGCGAGGGUUUCAGUUAUUGGGAGUCAACUGUAUUUUUUUCUUGCAGACUUAUGAUCAGCGUAAAAUAUUGGAGUUCACUUGUCAUACUGCCUUCUUUGUGAGCAUUGUUGUCGUACAGUGGGCUGAUUUAAUCAUCUGUAAGACUAGGCGCAACUCCCUCUUCACUCAGGGAAUGACGUACGUAUUAACUCAGGCCCGUUAACAGUUUUUUUCGAGAACAAUUUGUCGCUCAUGAACGCCUUAAUAAACGAUAGCGGUAUACAAAGAAAACAGUAACUGUUAAUUGAUAUACUAUCAAAAAACUCUGGGUAAUUGUGAAAACACUUGCGUACGACACCUGAGCCACUGAAUUGGAUGUAAGCAACAGCUCAAAAAACUAGAUUUUUUUCCAUGUUGUGAAGAACAGGCUUUUUUCAGGCCAGCUGCGUGUGAUUUAUUGAUAAUUCCUUGUCCUUUUGUUACAGUAACUGGUUCUUAAAUUUUGGCCUGGUGUUUGAAACCUGCUUGGCAGCGUUCCUGAGUUACACCCCUGGCAUGUCAAAUGGGCUUCGCAUGUAUCCUCUACAGUAAGUACUGUCAUCACAAAGAAAUGAAACAAAGUUGUAGCAAUUUUUUUUCUUUACCUUGCAAUGUUCCGGGGAGUAGGCGCCUAAUUGCUGGGAAAAGCAAGAAAAAAACUGAAACGUCUUUGGAGAGGAUAGUACUGUUUUUUGAUGUGUGGCAAAAGGAAAACGUUACGUUAGUGAUAUGAGUCAGGUUUAUUAACAGUGUGUGGGAUGGUUUUCUUUUUUUUUUUCAGUUGGACGUGGUGGUUCCCAGCCGUGCCUUUCAGUUUGGCAAUCUGGGUCUAUGAUGAGAUACGUCGUUAUAUUCUGCGUAGAUAUCCAGGAUGUAAGUCUUCUAUUUACCCUUUUAAAGCUAAAUGUUUCUAA